AUGGCGAGAGGAUGCGUGGUCAAGGUCGUGAAGAAGCUUCGAUGCUCGGCCCCUCUAUGGCUCUUGGAAGGCGAGAGGAUGCGUGGUCGAGGCCUUGAAGAAGAUCGGAUAUGUAACGACUUGGUAUUAGAGCUCGACAUGGCCGAUGAAACCAAUGACCAACAUUUCCUUACUUGA